UCUAAUUGAACACAAGUCCAACGAGUGUUGCAUAGAGUGAAUAACAUUUGGAAAAAUGUUGGAUACAUUAUCCAAUGCACAGUGCCCUGGUCGCAGCGUUGGAGUUUUUGACUCUUUUGCAUUUAGGCUUAUACAGGCAGUUCUAGCAGCGCAAUGCGCUUUGUCGCCUCCAGAAUUUUGGCCUCCAGAUUAUGGUGAUCAAGCAAUUUUACAUGGCUUGGAUAAAUAUGAUUUUGUUGUUAUUGGUGCGGGAUCAGGAGGUUCAGUAGUACCAAGUCGUUUAACAGAAAAUCCUAACUGGAAAGUGUUAGUGCUUGAGGAAGGCGGUGAUCCCCCCCAAGAAUCAGAGGCACCACCAUUUAUGUUCACCAUGGCUCAAACCAAUUACUCAAAUAAUUAUUAUGCUGAACCAAGUGAGGUGGCAUGCUGGGCACUUAAAAAUCGACAGUGUUAUAUGCUUACUGGCAAAAUGAUUGGUGGUACCGGUUCUAUGAAUGGCAUGAUAUAUAUUCGUGGUAACAGUCAUGAUUACGAUGGUUGGUUGGAAGAUGGUAAUGAUGGCUGGGGUUGGGAGGAUGUAUUACCUUAUUUUGAGAAAUCUGUGCGACCAGUUGGAAACGACACUCAUCCACAAGGUUAUGUCGCACUGAAUCAUUAUGCGUCUUUUGAUGAGGACAUAAAACGUAUUAUUCGAAGAGCUGCGGACGAACUCAAAAUUCCGAUAGUUCGGGAAUUUAUUGAAAACAGUGAAGUAGGUUAUACAGAUGUGUAUGGCACUGUAUUAAAUGGCCAUCGUAUGGGCAGUGGAAAGGGUCAUUUGGGUAAAGUUUCAAAACGUCCAAAUCUGCAUGUCAUGAAAAAUACUAAAGUUACAAAAUUGAAUUUCGAAAAAAAUGGAAAGAGGGUAAAAUCGAUAUCCCUUCUAUUGCGUGGAAAAUAUUGGUUCACCGUGAGAGCAAAAAAAGAAUAUGUGCUUUCUGCUGGCACCAUUAAUUCAGGUAAUCUUUUGUUAUUAUCUGGUGUGGGUCCUAAAUUAGAUCUGCAGGAAUUAAAAAUACCAGUCAUACAUGAUUUACCUGUAGGUAAAAAUCUACAAGAUCACGUAGGUGUGCCACUUUUUUACGCUAUACAGAAAGGUACUGCAAUGCCAAUAACAGAGCAGCAAAAACUAGAUAAUAUUUAUAAUUAUCUGUUUCACUCCAAUGGACCUUUAAGCAGUUUGGGUUUAACAGCUACAACUGGUUUUAUCGAUACUAAAAAUCGUGGAACAACUACACCAACUAUUGAAAUGCACCAAUUGUUUUUCAGAUGUCAGGAUCACGACGGCUUGAGAAUAUUUCUAGAAGGAAUGUCUUAUAAUGAUGAGGUAUCACGGAAUUUACAUAAUGUGAUCAAAACUGCACAUGUAAUGGUGGUGCUGACAUCAAUUGCUCAUCCAAAAUCGGUUGGGCAACUUAAGUUGCGUAGUAGAAACUUUCAAGACCAUCCAAUUAUUAUCGCAAAUCUUUUAAAAAUCGAUGACGAUAUUGAAACAUUUGUACGAUCUAGAAUUCACCACGACAGAAUGGAACGAACAAAUGCAUUUGUUGAAAAUGAGGUCAAUCUAUUACACAUUCCCAUAAAGGAGUGUGAUAGAUACGAGUUUAAGACAGAACGCUAUUGGCGAUGUUAUACAAAGUAUUUUAGUACAGCACUCUAUCACCUUGUUGGUACAGUAAAAAUGGGUGGUAAGAAUGAUAAAACCGCUUGCGUUAAUACACGUUUGCAAUUGCUUGGUGUUGACAACUUGCGUUUAGCCGAUGCUUCCAUAAUGCCCAAAAUCCCUACUGCGAAUACAAAUGCACCAACUAUAAUGAUUGCUGAACGUGCUGCAGAUUUUAUUAAGCAAAGAUGGAGCAGAAUGAAUGUACUUUAAAAUUUUCUGUAUAGAUAAAAAAUAUUGUUUGUAUAUAUUGAAUGAAUAAAUAAAAUAAAAUGAAUUAAAAUAAAA